CUGGGCAGCCCCGCGGACCGUCCCUGGGACCUGCGCUCACCUGUGAAAUGGACAAGGCCUGAAGCCAGGUCAGGUCACGCCCCCGGCUCACGCCCUGUCCCUCACGGGACCCGCCCUCCACAAGGAACCCCCAGGGCCGCCGGGGCGCCCCCAGUCCUGCCUCCUCGGGCCCUGCCCCGGGUCCCACGCUCCUCCCGGCCAGCCCCCGCCUGAGUUUCCCUUCCACUCUGAAUCUUAGUGUGCCUCCCCGCGGGUACCCACGCGCAAACAGGACCCACAGCUGGACACCCGGGGACCCACGAGACGCACACCUCCAGCCCCCGGGGGAGAGCCCCAGGGCACCUCGCUUUUCCCGCACAGCGAUUCAGGCGCAUUAACAGCCCCCAUAUUGGCCGCAGGUGCAGCGCUGGCGAGCAAACCGCUGAGCGCAGGGCCCUGCGCCGCCUGGAACUUCUCCAGCGCAGCGGUCCCGCACGCCCACGCGGCCCCCACGCACCUGCCCCCUCCCUCGGGCUGGCCAGCCCCGCGUGUCUGGCUCCGCCUUCCCCUCCCCCCUCAGCCAAUAAGAAGCGCCCCGGCGGUGCGCGGGCCCCAGAGCGGCGGCGCUGCGCGGUGGUCCGGGCGGGAGGCUGCGCCCCGCCGGUACCCCGCCAGGAUGGAGCCCGGGCCGCGGCGGCGGCGGCGACGCGGGAGCCACCAGCUGGUGGCCACCUUCCUGCGCGACCCGGGCUCAGGGCGCGUCUACAGGCGCGGGAAGCUCAUUGGCAAGGGCGCCUUCAGCCGCUGCUACAAGCUCACGGACUUGUCCACCAGCGUCGUGUUCGCCCUCAAGGUGGUGCCCCGCGGCGGGAGCGGGGCCGGGCGGCUGCGCACGCGCGGCAAGGUGGAGCGGGAGAUCGCCCUGCACAGCCGCCUGCGGCACCGCAACAUCGUGGCCCUCCACGGGCACUUCGCCGACCGCGACCACGUGUACCUGGUGCUGGAGUACUGCAGCCGCCAGUCCCUGGCCCACGUGCUGCGGGCGCGGCAGACGCUGACGGAGCCCGAGGUGCGCUACUACCUGAGGGGCCUGGUCAGCGGCCUGCAGUACCUGCACCAGCGCCGCAUCGUGCAUCGUGACCUGAAGCCGAAGUGCUCUGCGGGACCCCGAACUUUCUGGCCCCCGAGGUCAUCUCCAGAAAUGGGCACUCCUGCCAGUCGGACAUCUGGGCUCUGGGCUGCAGCCUGUACACCGUGCUCACCGGCGCCCCACCCUUCCCCGCGGCACCCCUGUCGGAGACCUACCGGAGCAUCCGCGCCGGCCGCUACCCAGAGCCCGCCCACCUGUCGCCUGCCGCCCGCCGCCUCAUCGCCCGCCUCCUGGCGCCUGACCCCGCCGAGCGGCCGAGCCUGGACCUCCUGCUGCAAGACGUCUUCUUCACCCAGGGCUUCAGUCCGGACAGGCUGCCGCCCUACUGCUGCCACCACCCGCCCGUCUUCGCCCGUCCCCUGGGCCUGGGCGGGCUUCUCCGGAAAGUCCAGCUGCUGCUGCCCCCGUGCGGACCCCCCUGCCCCCGCACCUCCGCAGACGGGUCGGACCCUGACUCCACGGAGCGGGGCGGUGAGGCCUCCCCGUCUGAGAGAGGGGCUCCCGACCCCGAGACCCCCAUCCGCCUGCUCUCCCAAGGGACCCUCAGCGCUGACCCAGCAGGGCCUGCAGGGAGCCCGUGGGCCGAGGUGGACGCGGCCAUCUGGAUGCUGCGGCUCUGCCUGGACGCCGGCCCUCGGGCCGCACAGGAGCCCCCCGGAGUGCCGCGGCCCACCCUCCGGGCCACCCAGUGGGUGGAUUAUUCCAGCAAGUACGGCUUCGGCUACCAGCUGUCGGACGGGGGCAGUGCCGUCCUGUUCCGGGACGGCACCCACAUGGCCCUGCGGCCCCCUGCAGGGUCUGCUACCUGCCGAGCCGCGGGCGGCUGGAGACCUUCACCCUGAGGGACGUGCCGAGCCCGCUGGGCGCCAAGCUGGCCGUGCUGCGGCUCCUCACCCACUACCUGCGGCGGCGGCGGCGGCGGGAGGGGGGCGCCCUGCCCGCACCGGUGCCGCCCGCGGGGCCCGGCCUCUGCCUGCUGCGCUUCCUCUCGUCCCAGCGGGCCCUGCUCCUGCUGUUCAGCGACGGCACCGUGCAGGUCAGCGGCAGCGCGGCCCACACCCAGGUGGUGCUGAGCGGCCAGGGCGAGGGGCUGCUGCUGACCCGAGCCGGCGCCUCGGCCUCGCUGGACGGCCCGCGCCACGGCUGCCCCCCGGCCGCCCGCCAGCUGCUGGGCCUCGCGCUGCGCUUGCUGCGGAGCGCGCGCCCCGAGGGAGACGUCGGGGGGCGCCGCACGCGGCGGGCGGGGGCUGCCCCGCACCGGGCCGGCCCAGCCGGGACUCCGCUCCGCUUUCAUUAAAGAGGGGCUGGUCCGAGCCCGUGGCCUGCUGUGUGCCUCUGUGCGUGCGUGCGCGUGCGCGGGGGCAGGAGCCCGCCAAGCCCCUCCUGCGGCUGAGGCUGCCGCCCCCACGUGGCACCCACGGGAACAGCGACAGCACAGACAGACGGCGCUGGCCCCGGGGCGGGCAGCGUCAGGCCCCCCCACUCCGCCGCUGAGACCCGGCAGCGCUGGAGGUGCCGCCCACCUGCCCUGUGAGCCCCCCACGGCUGGGAGGCGGGGUCUCUGCCCCCAGGUUUCCUGAUCAGCCCCUCCCAGCCGCCGACGCCCCCCAUUCCUCGUCCUCAGCACCGGUGCCCCCCCACGGCAGAGUGUGGUGGGGGUGACGUGCCCGGCCCAGCCCCAGAGCCCCUUGGCGACGCCCACAGCCAGGGACGCCCACAGCCAAGGACGCCCACAGCCAGGGACCCCCACAGCCUCGUGGCUGACACCCGUCCCCCUGGGCCCUCACAGCGUUCCUGGAUGACCCCCGCCCAUUUGCAGUUGGCUUAGGGCACUCACUCGUCCCCUCCUGCGUCACCGUCGGGGCCUCUGCCCGCCGUCCCUCGCCUCUCCCUCCGUUCACCCAGCACAGACCCCCGCUGCACCUGCUGGCCCCGCCCCUCCCCAGGCCUCCCUCGCACCCCCCAUGCCUGACCCAGCCUCACCAUCACCCACGCGCACCACCGAGGCCUCUCGGGGUCCCAACAGCUCAGCAGUCAUCUCUCGCGGGCCCUGACCCCCGUGGGCCCUCAGGUGUCCAGCACUGUCUCCCCCCAGGACAGGACUGACCACAGGCCCCCCGGGCAUGGCCGCCCAGCCACUGCUCAGAUCCGCUGCAGGUCUGUCUCCCGCGGCUCCCUCCCCCACACAGCCCCGUGUCUGCAGCUCCAGGACUGCAGGGAGAGGCCCCCCUCCCCUGCUCAGUGUAUAUGGGGCGCACAGGGGCGCACGCACGGGCACACGCGAGGUGUAUACAGGUGCACACAGCGGAUUGUGGGGUCCACAGGGCACGCAGGCAGACGUGGGCGUGUCCACAGGGCACACAGGCAGACGUGGGCGUGUCCACAGGCCACACAGGCAGACGUGGGCGUGUCCACACGGGAUACAGGGGGCACACAGGCAGACGUGGGCGUGUCCACACAGGAUACAGGGGGCACACAGGCAGAUGUGGGCGUGUCCACAGGGCACACAGGCAGACGUGGGCGUGUCCACAGGGGCACACAGGCGUCCGAGCCUGGGUCACGAGGCGGGGUCUGGACCGCGUGGAGGGGCGUUCGUGGCCGUGGCGGGGCCUGGGUCAGGAGGCGGGGCCUGGACCGCGUGGCCGAGCCUGGGCCACGUGGAGGGGCGUUCGUGGCCGUGGCGGGGACGCGCAGCCGCUGCCCCGCCCCCGAGGGGGCGUUGACUGCCUGACCGCCUCCCUCCCGCACGCCGAGAGCUUCCGGAAUCUUCCGCAGGGUCUUCGUGGUGUACCUCGACGUAAGCCUGGCAGCCUCAGGUUUUUGGGGAGGGGGGUGCCGACCGGUGAAAGAAACCGCGGAGACAGCAGUCAGCUCGGAACCCAGGGGAACCCCCCCCCCCGCCCUGCAGCAACAGCCGCGCUCAUUGGUCCGUGAGGACCAUGUGACACGUGCCUCCUCCAACCACAAGCGAGCAAGGCGGGGCCGGGGCGGCAGCACCACCCCCCGGCGGCUGUGAUUGGCUGCUGUCAUGGCAACCCAGGGGCGGCCCGCUGAGCUUCCCAGGGUCAGGGCUGAGCGGAAGUGGAGCAGCCGGGACUCGAACCAGCGCCCACAUGGGAUGGUGGACAGCGCCGGCCCCUCCAGGGAGCUUUUACAACACCACAGAGUCUGGGGUUAACACCAAGACAGACUCGGAGACGCGUGCAGCGUGUGAUAUUUAGAAACGGCGCCGUUGUAGACAUGCAGGGCGGUCAGCGGUCACCGCAGUGUGGGCGGCGAUGGUGUGGACACACGGACGACCGGGUAGCGGACCUGUGUGGCCACAGGCCAGCGCCGAGGCUCAGCCUGAGCCCUGGUUCCGGUCCAGGCGGUGAUGGCCCAGUGCUGGGCCCCUGCACCCCCGUGCGAGACCCGGAGCUCCCGGCUCCUGGCUUCAGGUGAGCACAGCUCUGGCCACUGCGGCCAACUGGACAGUGACCCAGCGGAUGCAAGACCGCUCUCUCUCUCUCUCUGCCUCUCUCUAACUCUUUCAAAUAAACAAGUAGAUCUUUAAAAAUACCGUAAUGAAUAAUCGCCCCCAAACGCCGUCAGGCCCAGCAGCCAGGGGCUGGAUCCUGCUGGAUCCCAGGUUGUGCCCCACAGGGCUGCGUCCCCGCCCCUCCCAUGCUGGGCCCUCGCCCCAGUCCCCGUCCCGUGUCCUGGGGCCCCGCCCCCUCAGUGCAGGUCCCCAGACACUGACCAGGUGCCCCGCAGGUCACAGCUGUGAAGACCCCAGAGCCCUGGGAACCGCAGGUGCAGGGCGGGGUGCUCUCCACCCCGACGCCGGGCUGCCCGCCCUUCCUCCAAUCAGCGUCCAC